AUGCUUCAAUUUUUUUAAAGAUUAGAGAACCCUGAUGCAAAGUUUCACUUAUAUGAUUCCUAUUACAGAAUAAAAAAGAUAGAGAAGGUCUGCCUAAAAGAAAAUGUAGAUGGUAAUGGAAUCUUAAUACUAUUUCCCUAGGCUUAUUAAUUAUUAAUGGAAUAGACUCCAAAGAGAAUUAUGAGUACACUAAAUUGAUGAAUUGGGUGUUUUUGGGUCACAGCGGAAUUGAGAUUGAAACAAAUGAAUAUUUGGACAACACCUUGAGUGAAACAAUAUUUGUAAUAACCAAAGAUCAUAUGAGAGCAUAUUGUGAUUAACAAGGCUUUAAGCAAUUAAAACCCUACUUAUUAUAAAUGCCAAAUCUCAAACUAUUUGUCCCCACCAUCAAAGAGGAUGAGAACAAAGAUGAAAGUGAAGUUUUAAAAAUGGCUCAAUUUGUGAAAAUGAUGUAAGGCUUAAAAAGAAUUGGUGUCUUGCUCCCAUAAGAGAAAAAUAGAAAUAUCGAAAAGUGGCCUAUCAUAUAGGGUUAUGGAUUAUUGGGAAAUGGAUUUUUUUCGAUGUAACACGAAAUUGUGAAUAUGACUGAAAGAAUCAAUUAGUUAUACAAGCCUCAUGACAAACAUUCAAUGAAAACUCUAAUUAAUGUAGUUUCCCAAAGAUUGAAUGGCCAUGUCUCAGGAUCUGUAUAAUUGUUGUCAGAAAUUGCUAUUAAAAAAAGACCUGCAGUUACAAGCGAACAAAUGGUUGAGAUCUUUCUUGACACAUUCGAAAUCGAAGAGAACAAAUACGUUAAACGAUCUAAUAAGUUAACUCCUACAGUCACCUUCGGAAAUUGCAGUUCCUAGGAGAAAUUACCUUUACAUCUAACCAUGGAGAGCAGUGAUCUAUACUCUUCUCUUCGUUUUUCUAGAACAUACUUUCUUACCAAAUAAGUGAGCAAAGAAAAUGUUAUCAUUCCAAUACAUGAUGAUUUCGAGCAUUUUGUUAAAGAGUAUCAAUAUCAAGUCAUUGAGCAUUCAUAUCAUAAGGAUGAAUGGUAUUAAACAUCAAUAUUUUAGUUUGUUAAUUGAAAUUUAUAAGGCUUUGAUUGAGAGCUUUUAUUCUGCUUUACAAAUGAUAUGCCAAGAUUAUAGAAAGAUGACUAACUAGUUGAUAUUUGAAUUAUCCUAAGAAAGAUUGACUGCCACUUUGGCUAAUUACAAUUUGUAAUUCCUCAAUGACAACCUGAUUGUAACUGUAACUAGCUACAAUGCCUUCGGUGAAGAAGUGGCAAUCAAUUUUAAAGAUCCAAUAUCUUUUAAGCUCACACCUUAAUUCUUUUCAAUAAGAUUAGAAUAUAAGAGUGUUCCAUCACAAGUUGUAGGUGGAACCAUUUUGGGCAAUGUGAUUUUUUCUGAUUCUUUCAUUCUGCAAGAGAACUGUUAUUACGUGAUUACUAGCAAUAUUCCUCAUCUUCAAAUUAUCAACACAGAUGCUAGAUUCUCAGAUGACAUUGAGAAGGUCAAAAAGAAAUUGCCUCUGGAGAAAUUGGGCCAGUAGAUUUCAGAGAAGGUUGAUAAAAACAGAUUAUACCUCCCAUCCAAACAUGCUCUAUUAGAAAUACCUAUCUAAAUUGCUUCAUAUGUCUUACAUGAAAAUGGCAUCAGAAUAUAUACAAAUGAGAUGGGCUGGUUCUUCAUUCUGUUUGAUUAAAUGAAGAAAAUUAAAUUUACUUAGGGAUUGGAAUCAGUUUGGAUGAUAUUUAUGACUGAACCUAUAUUGUGUGCAUCCUUGUAAGCCAAGACUGUAGCAUUGGAAUUUGUAGGCAAGUCAGUUGAUUAAGUGUAUAUGAAAAUGAUCAAUAUUCUAAAAGAAAAUGAGAUCAAAGUAGAUUAUACUGAGAAUCCUAAGGAAUUCCAAUUGACUAGACUGGGAUAGAUGAUUUUGAAGAGAGAACAAAAAGUUCCAUUAUUAGGUAAUAUGAUUAGAGAAUCCUCAUUUUUAUUGGAUUACUUAGAAUCAAAACAAUUAGUUAUCUUGACUUAAGUCAAAAGUGAUCUCAAAUUAUUAAACUAUCUAUCAUUACAAGAUGAAUCCAAACAAAUUGAUGAUAGAAUUGGAAUUAUUCUGAUAACAGGUUCUUAUAGUAGUGGCAAGACUAAAUUUGCAUAAUCUUUGCAGAGAUAUGCAACUGACUUUAAUCAGAAAGCCUAGGUUUUGAGUUUCAGUUUGUUGGAGCAAUCCAUUUUGGAUGAGGAAGGAUGGCUCAAUAAAUUAGAAAACCAAUUGAAGUACUCUCAAGAGUAAUGCAUAUGUGUUGUCCCAUUCUACUUAUCUGUUGAUAUUAUUGUGCAACAAUUAAGUAAUGGAAAACUUAGUAAAUUUGUAUACAUUAAGAAUGUGAUUAAUAAAAUCAACAUUAACAACAUCUAUCAAAAUGAGAAUUGCUAACCUAUGUAAAAGUUAUUGAUAUCCUUUUAGUGACAACUUAGUUAGCCAAAGUCUGCCUGGCUACUGUUAAUUUACUAUCCUGGACUCCUUUGGAAAUGAAGAAUCUGAAGUGGAGGAGUACUUUAAGAUCUUCAGAACUGUCUGUCUUAAAUCUAAUAUAUUUCGUAUUACCAAUAAUAUGAUAUAAUCAUCUGUGGCCAAAGAAAUAUAUUAAUACACAUCCUACAAUUCAACUCAAAAUGCAUUUCUUAGAAGCAAAUUGGCAUCCUAUAAAAGUCAAACAGCUACAUACCAAAAAGUAUUCAUUCACAAUGCUAUUCCUUGUGUGAAAUAAUUCAGAAAAAUACUAAGAGAACUCUUCAAGACCUCACAACAACAAAAGGCAUAAGCAAGUAACUAUGAGAAACUGUCAGAUAUUGAUAAGUUCAUCUUCAGAGUUAAGGAGUUCAAUUCUCCCUAAAAACCAUCCUUGUCGUAUCUAAAAGCUUUUCUAAGAUUUGAAGGACAACUAGAUAAACUGUAUGAAUACACAGCCAAUCAUAAUUAUACUGUAGAAAGAUAAGUCAAAUCAGUCAAUAUUCUACUCAAAGAACAAUUGAUUAAUGGUUCUAAACUUUAAACGCCCUCCUACGUUGGAUGGGAUACUCAUUCUAAUUUAGGCUUUUUCAUGGUUGGCUAAAAUAUUACAAAAGAGAUUUGCUAAUAGUACAUUGGGGAAUUGAUCCAAAAAAUGAAACCUUUAUAAGCUCUAUUGACUAAAAAUGAUUUAUCCAAGGAAACUAUCAAGGAGAUUGAAUUUGAAAAUAGAAUUAUUGGGCUAGAAAAUGGAGAGUUUUAUGAUGGUCAAUUUAUUAGAAAUCAAGACGGAGAAAUCUUAGAACAUCAUCCAAAAUUAGAUAUAUUUAUUUAGGAGUAUUUGAAAAUUCAAAAUCAGAAGAUAAUUGAAGCAAAUAAUUAAAUAUAAUAAGAGUGGAAUAAUUAUUUAAAUGCUCUGAAGUGUUGA